AAUUUAGAAAAUAAAUACUUUUCAGAGAGAAAGCUGUAAUUAAUAUUAACCAAAUUACGGAAAAGCGCCACGUAGCGGAGGGUAUGAAUCCUACUAUCUGGGCCGCGAAUCGGCUUCAGUGUCCUCUCUUUACGUUUACUAUAUUACUCUAUGGCCUUACCAGCUUCACUAUCCAGAUUCUUCAUUUUCGUCACGUUUGCCGCGCAAUUUGACGUCUUUUCGACGUCGUUCCUUCAAGAGAAUGUCGUCCAAGCAUUUUUUGGACGACACCUCAUUGUCGCAGUUGAAUAACCUGCACAGAACACCCCAAGCCACGUCAACGGUGAUGGAGGAUCGAACGAGGUCCUGGCUGAAUGCGCAGCCGGUGCCCAUGCAGGGCAGGCCCUCGUGCAACUCCUCCCUGGGGAUUCUGUCGGACACCGUCUUCUCAGACAACACCCUGGACACCAGCCUCCUCAGCCCUGUUGGCCAUGCACAGAAGAUGGCUGUGGACAAGCAGGUUGAGGCUGAGCUUUCCACGAUGCUUGAAGAAAGCAAGCAGCGCCUGGCAGCUGUCAUCAGAUGCUCUCGGACAUCUGAACGGAAGCUGGGUCCCCGCUGCGGCACUGUCAAGAUUACGAGGAGUCAGGAUGCCCUAGGGACUGCGUCCACAUUCACGGGGGAGAGCUUGAAGAAGGACAGUCUGCCAGCUAAGGACAAGCCAUCUGAAGAGCCGGGCGUCUCGUUCCGCCACCCCUUUGCGGACAAGAGCAGCUUCUCAGUAGGAGAAUUCUACGCCGGCAAAAGCGAGGACCCUCCCUGCAGUGCCAAGCGGGCAACUCGCACCGUGGAGACUGGGGCAGCUUUAAUCUCAGGUUUUGUGCCGCAGCUGUCCUCUCAGGAAGAGUUCAUCAGUGCUGAAACCUCAGCCUCAAUGUUGAAAAAGCUGGGUGGAGAAUUUCAGACAGCGGAAGAGGCGUCGGAGGAGAGCCUGGAAGGGCAGCCUUGGAAGCAGGACGUGACGCGCCCGUCCUGGCUGCCCAAUGCCCAGGAGAGGGUGUCCAUCUCCAGCUACUUCAAGGCGUGCUCCGCGCCCAUCGAGGGGCUCCCUUGUGCAGUAGAGGAGAAAGGCACAGAGAAGAAGUGGGAGGUGGCCGGCUCUCUCACUCAUGCUGCUUCGAGCCAAUUGGAGGCUAACAAAUCCGACGCCAUGGUUGUGCCGGCAACGGCGGAGCCUGGCUUCGAGACCUUCACGGCCCAGUCCCUGGAAGAGAUGGCUGUACAGGAGCUGGGUUUGAGUACGUCUCGGGUGGCGGUUCCGGACGGCAGCGUGCAGGGCCCGUCCACUUCCGCCAUCUACCACGUCCUCGAAGACAUUUCCAUUAGCGAGAGUCCCUCCGCGAUGGUGCGCAAGUUCAUCCAUGCGACACGCAGCCAGAAGCCUCCCCCCAGAGCGGACCUGCAGGAGCAGAGCAAGUUCUCUGGCGACGCCACCUUCAAGCAGCCGCUCACGGCCGCACCCCGCUCCAAGAAGGCCGCCGCUUCGAGGGACGGCCGCGCGGAAGCCGAAGAGGCGCCUUCGGAACCUGCGUCGGCCGGCAAGGGCUCGCGGCAUGCGGACCCUGCGCCCUCCGUAGUGCUAACGGACUCUGCCGCACCGAUCCGUCCACCUCGAAGGUUUGGCGGCGGAUGCGCAGAAGGUGGCAGACCCACCGCCGAAUGCGGUCGUCUCGACGUCGAGGUCGUUUCAAAGGGGGCGGCCUCGUCGAGCUCGGAGCUGUUCGACGACGACGCCGGCAGCGCCCGUUGCUCGGCGCUUUCAUCUGGCUACUACGGGCAAGUGACGCCAUCCGGUUCCAGGAGAUCCCAGGAGUCCCUGCCACGGCUGGCGGUGAUCGGGGGCCCGCUGCAGCGUCCAGAGGUGUCCCUGGGGCACGUGUGCGUUGGCGUGCCCGUACCGCUGGUGCUUACGCUGGUGAACCUGUCUGCGGCGGCGGUGCGCUGCAACCUGGGCCACUCGGCCCGCUCGGUGGCCGAUGCGGAGCAAUCCGCCGUGCGCGUCGACCUGCCGUCCCCCGUGACGCUCGAAGGUGGACGCACAACGGAGGUCCAGGGCACCUUCCUGUCGAGGGAAGCCGGCGAAGUGCUGGCAGAGGUGGACGUGACAGAGGCGCCCGUCUCGGGGCCCGACCAAGCGUCGCGCCUCUCCCUGGGGCGGUGCUGCGUGCUGGUGCGUGCCAGCGCAGAGGUGCCCCAGGUCAGCCUGGAGCCGCGUGGGGGGCUGCGCUGGGACGCGCUGCCGUGGGCCAGCGGGAAGCACAGCAGACGCUUGACCGUCACCAACUGCGUGACCUGCCCAAUUCCCGUGAGGAUCACCGUCUGCCAGGGUGAAGGAGUGUUUUCCCUGAGUGCGCUCGGGGAUGAGAGCGGACGUUGCACCGAAGCCCCUAGCGUCUGUUGCGUGCUUCCCGGCAAGGGGCAAGGGCAGGUGGCCGAGUUUGAAGUGACCUGCUCCACAAAACAUGCCACAUGUCUGAGCGUGGAUGCGAGGUUGGAGGUGACCCUGGAGGGAACCAGCGUCCCCGGGGCACCCCUGGCAACCAUGACCCUCUCGGCCACCCUGCUGCCCCCUCUGCUGGUCGUCCAGGGCGACGGGCCCCUGGUGGUGGAGGGUGGCGGGAGCAAGGCGGUCCGGGUGGUGAACCAAGGCAACGGGCCCCUGGACGUGGAGUUCCGGGCGACGACCCCGUUCCGCGUGAGCCCCGACAGGGCCGUGCUGGGACCCUCGCUCGGGGCCUCGCUGCAGCUCUCCCUGGCCGACGGAGCGGCAGACUGUACCGGGGUGCUGGAGGGGCUGCUGUGGCCCCGGGGCCCCAGGCUGGACCUGGCCCAGCUGCGGGGAGUGCCCGGGACGCGGGCCUUGCCGCACCGCUGCCCUCUGGAGGCGACCAGGCGGACCCUCUUCUGGUCCGGCACGCAAGUCGGCUGCUCCACGACCAAGAGCGUGAUGUUCCGAAACCCCAACACUCUUGCGAUGGAAGUCAGCUUUGCAGUUCAGAAACACGAUGCAUCACAAUUUGAGGUGUCCGUGCAAGGCGGCGGUCGAUCUGCGUCUUUGGCACCGGGCUCCAGCCUCGAGGUUGGGGUAACCUUCAGACCGACCCGCGUGGGCUUCGCACAGUCUCGCCUCACCGUUGCGAGCCGCAGUUCGACCUCCGCGGAAAACAAGAGCGUGCAGUUGUACGGGUUUGGGGGCGAACUGCACCUCCGCCUGUCCGGCUUGCACCCUGCGGGGCCUCCGCUGCACGUGCUGGACAUGGGCAUGCCCCUCCCAGAGGGCGCCACCGCUUCCCGCCAGAUCGGCCUUGCCAACGAUGGCUGCUGGGACUGCUGCGUCUGCCUCGCCCUGGACGCGGCGGCACGGGAGGGACCCUACGGACGCCUGGCCGUGACACCCGAACGCCUCGUCUUGCGUCGUAACGAGUCCAAGGUGGUCUCUGUGUCGUUCAGGUUUGGGGGUCGCGGGCUGGACCAGCGCGGCGAGAUCGUCAACUUGGGGACCCUGAGGAUCCUGUACGGCUUCGAGGCCCUCCGGCAGCAUGCCAGGCGGAAGCUCGGGGGUCGUUCUGACGCAGCGUCUCCGUCUCCGGAUGUUUCCCUGCUCCUCCGGACGUUUGAGGGGGAGCAGAAUGGCACUGAUGACGGCAUCUGCAUCCCUGCGGGUGCCCUGCCCGAGGCGCUGCUGAAGACCACUUCCCAGGCGGUGGUGGCCGUGACCUGCGGACCCCGGCCAGGGCGACUGCAGGAUUCGGCCGUGGCUGCCUCUUUCGCUGCCCUCGAGGACACAACUUUCCUCAACUGAACCAACAAGACUACGUCGGACUCAUGCCAGUGUGGCUGUAACAACCCCCAGUGCCAGUGCGUCGACAAGCCCAGCCAAGUUGGCAACAACUGUAAUGCCAGCUUGUUUUUAGCAUAGUGGAUUUUUUUAAUGCCCUGUGCCUUGGCUGUAAAUAAAUAUUUGUGGGUUUAAGUUCUCAAUUAUAAUGUUUUUACGAGAAGCUGCU